AAACCCUAGCUGUUGGUCUAAACCUCCCGGCUCGAACGGUGGUUUUCACGGACAUCAAAAAACCCGACGGAGAGCGCCUCAGGCCUCUCCACGCAGCAGAGUAUACGCAGAUGGCGGGGAGGGCCGGCCGCAGGGGUUUAGACACUUGCGGCAAUGUCUACAUCUUCGCCCCAGAGGAAGUGCCCUCACCAAAGGACCUGACGACAAUGAUGGUGGAGCGGGCGCAGCCGCUGUGCUCGCGCUUCCGGCUUUCCUACCAAACUUUGCUGCUGCUGCAUGCAGCAGCAAACUCGCUUUCCAUCGAAACCCUAAUUCGCAGCAGCUUCCGCGAAGCAGCAAAAACCACGCAAAGACCUGUCCUCAAACGCGACCUCCGCCGCUGCCAAAAGGCCCUUGCUUCUAUGCCUCCAAUUGACUGUGUCUUUGGAAAACCCACAAUUAGAGAAUAUGCAGAAACGCAAAUUAAACUGAGAAAAAUAGCGCAAAAGGUUUACCUAACUGUUUGGCAAAACCGCCAGGCCUCUUCUUCGGUGUUUGCUGCGGGCCGUGUGGUGUACGUACACUCCAUUUCCCCGCUGCUGCUGGAGGCCCUUCCAGCAGCAAUUAUAAACAUCGACUUUGUCCCUUUGGUUCAGGGAGAGGCUCCCACCUUCUGUCUCCUCGUUUUAUUUCCUUCGGGGUUUUCUGUCUCUUCUUUGGAGGACCCAAGGCCAAAAACAAAGAAAGAUUCUCCUCCACCCCUCACCAACGGCACCAUAACCCUUAAAGGUCUUAUUUGCACAGGGGCCCCCUCGGACUCUUCUUGGGGGCCCCCCCUGGGGGGCCCCCCUGGGGGCCCCUCUGAGGGGGCCCCCCUGGGGGGCCCCCUGGGGGGCCCCCCUGAUGUGGAGGACUUGGGUCUGGGGGCCCCCGGGGGCCCCCAAGAGUGGGCAGUGCUGCGGGGAGUCAGUUUAAAUAAUUUUCAACAAGUUUCGGAGGCGAAGAUAAAGGGACUUGAGUUUGAUGCUGCUGAUCCAGUUUGCUGCAACGCCCUCGCCACGUUGGAAAAGGAACAAAGGAAACUGGCGGAGGCGCUGACUGCGCGCUCGCUCGAGCUGUAUCCGGACCUUCUCGCGCGCCAAAGAGUUUUAAACAAAUUUGGAUUUGUCCAUUCCGAAGGAACUCCCACUCUUAAAGGAAGGGUGGCUUGCCAAGUGAUAUCUGGAGACGAAUUGACUCUGGUGGAGUUUGUUUUCAGAAAUGGACUCAAAGAUUUGACCCCCUGCGAGAUAGCGGGGGUGUUGAGUGCAUUUGUGGGCGGAGACAAACAAAGAGAAGAAACUCCAGCCCCCACCACAGGCCUCCAAAACGCCAGAGCCAUGGCAGAGACAAUCCACUUGGAAAUUCUUGCUGCUCAAAGACAAGAGGGACUUGCAGUGGCCGACGAAGACUGGUGGAAACUCUGCAACUUCGACAUGGCUCUCGUGGCGUACGAGUGGGCUCGAGGUCUGCCCUUUGUGGAUGUCAUGCGGCUAACCAGCCUGCAGGAGGGGUCUGUUGUGAGGAAUCUUUUGCGUCUCGACGAACUGCUGCGAAAGUUGGGCCAGGCGAUGAACUUGAGCGGCGACAGCAAAUUAGCUGCUGCAGUUUUGGAGGCUUCGAACAGAAUUCGAAGAGACAUAGUUUUUGCAACUUCUCUUUAUUUGCAAUAA